AUGAAGGAAAUGUACCUUCAACAAGGGUCUAUAUUGGCGGAAUGGGAUAAAGUUAAAUAUCAUGAUCGACAAGACGUACAACCGCCACCAUAUACCGAUAAUCCUGCUCGACCAGUAUCGAAAGUGCAGGUUCCUCGGUCACCACCGAUCACACUCGAAAUGGAAAAGCUACCAUACAACACUGUCGAAAUGGUAAUUGCAGAGACACCGAAUCAAACUCCAGUUAACUCAGAUCCUGCACCGGUAUUGCAUGGCAUUAUCUCUCCUGGCGCUGGAGAGUCGUCGAGUGACGGAGUGGACUUGAGGGAUGUCGAGGGGGACUCGAGAUGCAUCAACAUGACCCUUGACAUAGGCUCGAAUGAAGCACUUCUUGCCAACUUGAAUUCCCAAGAACCAAAUCAGCAACUCAAAGAUGAUUUGGCAAUUUCAAAAAUGCUCGAAUCGAAGUUUAUAGAUUGGAUAACCAAAACAAUAAUAAUAAACCCAAAGACUAACACAUUUCACUAUAAUGCCGAGAUCAACUCGCUCUUGAUAAAUGAUUUCGUGAAGUUAGGUAGCGUUGCUCGCAAUUUCGCCCUGCACUCUGGAAAUGACAAAGCCGAGUACAUUCGUCAGAGAAGUGUUUGUGUUGUUCGGGUAUGGACUGAAUUUGGCAAGUCGAAAAGAAACAUUAGUGGAGAUACCAGCGGGCCAGGUUCUCGAAAACGGGAUGAUUUGGAAACUGACAGCAAUAUGUCUAAGCGAGCAAGAAAUAUAGUGUGA